ACGUGAAUUUGAAUAAGCAAAGAACUAUGGGAAGGAAGCUGAAGUCUGAGCCGGAGGUGAAAUCACAAUAGCUAGCCGGAACUUGGGCGCGUGGGUAUGGCCUCUUCUGAUACAAUCAUCUCCGGUGAGGGGAUUUUGAGCGUCCGCCACAGCCGCCGCACAGCCGGUUCAGGCGGAAACUGGGCUCCGCAGGGCUGCCUAGGUCGAGGGCGAGCAACAGUAGUAGACGACGGCUGGUUGAGAAACGCUUCCCUGUGGCCCAUGGCCGACGGGGAGGACACCCCAGCGGUGGGGCCUGGCUCUGUGUCCAACCGAGGGAAUGAGAAGGUGGAGGAAGCGGCCGGUGCCGGAACCGACUGGGUGGAGAAACUGCGCGGGGAGUGUGAACCCGAACAGCACUGGCAAUAUCGCCGGGAGUUCUUGAUUCGUAACGGGGAGGCCCUGCCCUUAUCUCUGGGCGGGAAGGAUGGCGAGGAGAGCACGGAAUUGCGGCGCCUUGUCUCAUUUUCUAUGGUGUGGGCCAACCAUAUUUUCCUGGGAUGCCGGUAUCCUACACAAGUGAUGGAAAAGGUGAUGGACAUGGCUACAGGCAUCACAGUGAACAAUGCUCCAACCCACACUCUGAGAGAUGAACUGGUUGCCAAGGUGAAACGAGGCAUAUCCAGUAGCAAUGAAGAGCCAGAAGGGCCUUGCAAGAAGCGAGCUGUUGGCACAGACAAAGCUUCUGAAGUUAGUGGCAAUGAUCCAAGGUCUAUGAAGUCAGAUGUGCCCAUGGAAACAAAUACUGAACCUGUGAAGAACCCAGGAAAAGAGGCAGCAAAAAAUCCAGAGAAGUCACUGUCUUCAACCAUGGCCCAGAAAGUAGCACCUAUGGCAGCUCCUGCACCUGUGGCCCAGAAGGUAGCGUCGGCAGCUCCAGCUCCUGUGGCCCAGAAGGUAGCCCUAGCACCUGUGGCCCAGAAGGCAACGUCCACAGCCCCUUCAACUACAGUAAGAGUAGAAGCCAGAGUUGCUAAUUAUGAAUCUACAGUAACUGCCAGGCACAAAUCAGCUGUGGCUUCUUCUGUGCCGGAAUCAAAGCUGAAUUACAGUUUAAAUAAAGCUUCAGAAUCCAAAUCUGAAAAUGCAUUACCCUCUGAAAAGAAAGUCAGCUUGGAAGAUACAGCAGUAUUAGCUUCAAAAAGCGGUUCACACACAAGUGUGGUUCCUGCCAAAGUACCAUGCAAAUUAUUAACAAGUGAAGAUGCAAAAGAGAGGCAACCAUUUUUCAAUAGACUAUACAAAGCUGUUGCUUGGAAGUUGGUUGCUGUUGGAGGGUUUAGUCCCAAUGUCAAUCAUGUAGAACUCUUAAACUCAUCUAUUCAGUCAGUAAAGGCAACAUUAGAUGUUGAAUUUGUCCCACUGAAAGAGCUUGCAGAUUUACCUCAGAAUAAAAGCUCUCAGGAAAGUGUAGUUUGUGAACUGAGAUGCAAAUCUGUGUAUUUGGGUACUGGCUGUGGAAGAAGUAAGGAAAAUGCCAAAGCAGUUGCUUCAAGAGAGGCGCUGAAACUAUUUCUCAAGAAGAAGGUUAUUGUGAAAUUAUGUAAAAGGAAGUACAAAGGAAGGGAAAUUGAAGAUUUGGUGCUUCUUGAUGAAGAAUCAAAACCAUUAAAUUUACCUCCUGCUUUAAGAAAUCCUCAAGAAAUAUUGUAAACCAGUGAAGCAAUCCCUGUUUAUACUAGCAAAUAAUGUUUUAUCAUAAACAACUGAAUAACUUUUUGUACACUAUAUUAGGAUCGCAGAUUUUGUAUUUCUCAAUUCUCAGUUUUGCAGAACAAAUACAAUUCUUGUUCUUUUCACUCAGUAGCAGAUGUAAAUAAUUUGUUAUAGAUGUAAAGUGUGCAGAGGUAUGCCUUAACAUAUAUAGCACAUUAGUGUGCUGUUUUAUUUGCUAAAUAGUCUACCUAAGUCUUCUAUUUUUUAAUGAACAAUUAAGGUACAUACAGUUUGCUGUUCAGUCUAAUUUUCUAACUCCUACAAUUUAGUAGCAGUAAUGCUCACUUCAGGACCCAUAACCUUUUUUAGCUGCAAGCAAGUUUUGUAGACAGGUACUAUUGUAUCUAGAUGAUAGAAAGUUGUCCAAAAAUUUUGAUCAAACCUUUAAUCGCCUGCUUCAUGUGCUCAUAAUGUUUCAUAUGCCUGUUUAAAAAAGAAGAUAGUUAAUUUGGAUUAUUUUAAUGAAGUAGUAAUAUUUUAAAUCUUAACUCAAAAAUGAUAUGCUGAUCCUAUUUAAUAUCAUACUUGCAAAUUGUCAGUAAAUAAUCAACAAAUUAUUUGUAUCACUAAACACUUCUUUACACA